AUGCACCGCGCUCCGGUUCCCGAGGUGUCGUGGUUUCGGGACGGCCAGGUUCUCUCUGCCGCCGCGUUGCCAGGCGUUCAGAUCUCGUUCAGCGACGGCCACGCUGUUCUGAGCAUCGACGCCGUCAACGCCGCGCACGGCGGGAGGUUUUCCGUCCGGGCCACCAACGGAGCCGGACAAGCCACCAGCACCGCCGAACUCGUCGUUACAGCCGGCCUUAAACUCGCCAUUGCCCUCAAAACCAAGUCGUCGCACCUUCUCAAUAUCUCUUUCAAGACCCCAGCGGAGACGUCGCCUCCCGGUUUUCUUCAGAGACUCCAGAGCUCCAUCGUGCGGCAGGGCAGUCAGGUGAGACUCGGCGUCCGAGUCACCGGCAUCCCGCCGCCCGCCGUCACGUUCUACCGAGAGGGAGCCGAGAUUCAGAGCUCGCCCGACUUCACCAUCGUCCGCGAUGGAGACGCGUACAGUCUGCUGAUCGCCGAGGCCUUCCCGGAAGACUCCGGGUCGUACUCGGUGGCGGCCAUCAACAGCAGCGGGCGAGCCACGUCCACCGCAGAGCUGCUGGUUCACGGCGAGGAAGUCGUCCCAGCCAAGAAAACCAAGACCCUGGUUUCCACUUCACAGAUCAGUCAUCAGACCAGAGUGGAGCAGUCUUUCAGCCUUUCCGGUUUCAAUCAGAGAACGGAUGCCAGUUUACCGAGCACGGCCACUCUGGAGAUGCAGGCGGAGGGCGCGGAGGUGGCGGAGCUCCUGGCCCACAAAAGCGCAUCCAGAGCGGCUCUCCAAGACACAAGCUCCACGCCCGCUCCGGCGUCGGCCGUCGCCAGGGUGACGGUGGGGCGGCAGCAGUCGGCGUCGCCUGUCAGACACGUCAAAGCACCCGUGUCCGCACCCGGCGGAGUCGCCGCGUCCCCGAUGGUCACGCUGCAGCUGGGCGGCGGCUCCGAUGUCCUUCCUCCCUGGAAGCAGGCGGGCUUCCUGACCGAGGCCGACUACGGCGACGGCGGCGUGGCUCAGUCGGACCGGGAACAGCACCUCGUCGGCAUCGCGCAGGCGCAGGAAGAAGAUGCCGCAACUCCCCCCGGUGACGGCGCGCUCCCGCCCGUCCUGGUUUCCGCUUUGAAGAACACAACCGUGACGGAAGGCGAGUGCGUGGCGCUGGAGUGCCAGAUCGGCGGCCAGCCCGCCCCCGUCAUCAUGUGGUUCCGAGAGGACUACCGGAUCGAGAGCUCGGCGGACUUCCACAUCGGCUACGACCGCGACGGCCGCGCCCGCCUGUUGAUCCGCGAGAUCGGCGGCCACCCCGCCCCCGUCAUCAUGUGGUUCCGAGAGGACUACCGGAUCGAGAGCUCGGCGGACUUCCACAUCGGCUACGACCGCGACGGCCGCGCCCGCCUGUUGAUCCGCGAGGCCUUCGCCGAGGACAGCGGCCGCUUCACGUGCACCGCCACCAACCAGGCCGGAACCCUCAGCACUUCCUGCUACCUCCUGGUCCAGGUGUCCGAGGACACGGAGAGCCGAGAGGAUGUCGCCGACGAAGCGGAAGAGAAACUAGUCUCCCGGGAAGAAGAAAGCACGUCCCAGGUGAGCGCGGUUGAGCCCGAAUCCCGCGCCGUCGCUCCUUUCUUCGUCAAGACUCCCGGCGUCCAGAAGCUGGUCGAGGGAGCAAGUGUGGUCUUCCGAUGCCAAGUCGGGGGGAGCCCCGCGCCGCACGUCAUCUGGAAGAAGGGCGGCGUCCCGCUCACCGGCGGAUACAGAUACCAAGUUGCCUCCCACAAGGAGAGCGGCGUUUGCCAGCUGCUCAUGUCCAUGACUUUUGCCGACGACGCCGGAGAAUACUGCGUCCUUGCCAGGAACCGGCUCGGAGAGGCGUCCGCCACCGCCAGGCUGCUGGAGGAAGAUGAAUACGAAGCCUAUGUGAAGAAACAAGAGGCGAGCUCUCAGAUGGCAGUCGAAGCGCCGGCGCGGGAGCCCCUGGUCGGAGACGUUGCCCCCGCCAUGACCGGAAGGGACAAGAUGAGCGCCACGCUUAUUUCUGGAGAGGAUUUCCAGCUGUCUCUCAUCGAGCGGCGCAUCAUGGAGGAGAUUGAGCUGAGCAUCCUGAGGAUCACUUACGAAGAGCUGCUGGCGGAGGACGGCGAGCGGACGGAGAUUUGCGCAGACCGCGAGGCCAUGGCGCCCACCUUUGACACGCUGGUGAAGAACUACCGCAUCGCGGAGGGAAUGGGCGUCACCUUCCACUGCAGGAUGCUCGGAGUGCCGGCGCCCAAGAUGGCCUGGUUCAAAGACGGUCAGCGCAUCGGCGCCGGCGGGCGCUACCAGCAGGAAGUUCUUCCGGACGGACGCGCCAUCCUGCGACUGGCCGCCGUUCUCCCCGAGGACGAGGGCGUGUACAGCGCCUUGGCCAGCAACGUGAAGGGAAACGCCGUCAGCUCCGGGAAGCUCUACGUGGAACCUUCCGGAAGCGCGUCGCCCCACGCGUACGCGGCGCGGCAGCCGGCCGCGCGGAGGAUCCGGUCCACGUCGCCUCGGUCACCGAGCCACUCGCCGGACCCUCCCCUCAGUCGCUCUCCCAGUCCUUCUCCCGGACCUUCUCUGGCCCGAAGGCUCGUCGAUACGGACGCGGCUCAGCUGGACAGACUCUACAAGCCCGUUUUCGUCGUGAAGCCCGUCUCGUGUCAGUGCUCCGAAGGGCAAACCGCCAGAUUUGACCUGAAGGUGGUCGGCAGACCCAUGCCCGACACGUACUGGUUCCACAACGGACAACCGGUGGCCAGCGAUCAAAGCCACAAGAUUGUGAUUAAAGAGGACGGUACUCAGUCCCUGAUCGUCACCCCGGCCAUGCCGCGUGACUCGGGCGAGUGGACGGUGGUCUCUCAGAACAGGGCCGGACGCUCAUCCAUCUCAGUCACGCUCGCCGUCGAUGCCAAAGAAAGUUUGCUGCGCCCGCAGUUCACGGACAGGCUGAGGAACAUCAGCGUGAAACAAGGAACUUUGGUGCAACUGGCCGUCAGAGCCAUCGGGAACCCCUUGCCGGAAAUUGUCUGGCUCAAAGACAGCGACAUUGUCACGCCUCGCAAGCAUCCGCACAUCGAGAUCGAAGGAACCAGAGGAGAAGCGACGUUCCGGAUCCCGUCGGCGUCAGCUUCAGACAGCGCCUGGUACACGGCCACGGCCAUCAACAAAGCCGGCCGGGACACCGCCCGCUGCAGAGUCAACGUGGAGACGGACUACCCCGAGCCGCAGCCCGAGAGGAAGCUGAUCAUCACCAAAGGGACCUACAAGGCCAAAGAGAUCGCCGCCCCCGAGCUGGAGCCCCUGCACCUCCGCUACGGCCAGGAGCAGUGGGAGGAGGGAGACCUUUACGACAAAGAGAAGCAGCAGAAGCCGCAAUUCAAGAAGAAGCUGACGUCCGUCCGGAUGAAGAAGUUCGGCCCCGCUCACUUUGAGUGCAGGCUGACCCCCAUCGGCGACCCCACCAUGGCGGUGGAGUGGCUCCACGACGGCAAGCCCCUGGAGGCCGCCAACCGCCUGCGCAUGGUCAACGAAUUUGGCUACUGCAGUCUGGACUACGAGGUGGCGUACGCGCGCGACAGCGGCGUCAUCACCUGCAGGGCCAGCAACAAGUUCGGAGCGGACCAGAAUUCGGCCACCCUCAUCGUCAAGGACGAGAAGGGCCUGGUGGAGGAGAGCCAGCUGCCCGAAGGAAGGAUCGGCGCGCACAGGAUGGAGGAGAUGGAGCGCGUGGCCCACGAGGGCGCGCCCGCGGGCGUGGCCGCCGACGAGCGCGCCGAAAAGACCAAACCGGACAUCGUCCUCCUCCCGGAGCCGACCCGGGUGCUGGAAGGCGACGUCGCCCGAUUCCGCUGCAGAGUGACCGGUUACCCCGCGCCCAAGGUCAACUGGUACCUCAACGGACAGCUCAUCCGCAAGAGCAAGCGCUACCGACUGCGCUACGACGGCAUCUACUACCUGGAGAUCGUGGACGUCAAGUCCUACGACACGGGCGAGGUCAGGGUGGUUGCGGACAACAACCUCGGCUCCACCGAGCACACCGUUAAGCUGGAGAUCGAGCAGAGGGAGGACUUCAGGACGCACCUUCGUCGGGUCCCUGAGCCCAAAGCGACCGAGACUCUGCCGGAACCGGGAAGGAUGCCCUUUGAGGUGGUGAAAGUGGAGCGAGACUCGGAUGACGGUCGGCAGAGAGAGAUCGUCAAGUUGAAGAAAGCCCAGAGGAUUAUUCACGCAAAAGCCACCGAGGAGUCGGAGGAGCUGAGAAGCAAGUUCAAGCGCCGCACGGAAGAGGGCUAUUUCGAGUCCAUCACGGCCGUGGAACUCAAGUCUCGCAAGCGAGACGAAUCCUAUGAGGAUCUUCUGAGGAAGACAAAGGAAGACCUCCUUCAUCGAGCCGCGGAGAAGGAGGAGGAAGAGAGGAAGAAAGAGGAAGAGCGAGGCCGGCUCGCCGCCAAGCCACUCAAACCGGAAAGGGUCAAGCUCUCGGCGAGCAUGGAAGCUCCCAAAAUCCUGGAGCGCAUCUCCAGUCAGACGGCGGCGCGAGGGGACGAGGUCAAGUUCAGGGUCCGGGUCGUCGGCAAACCGGAGCCCGAGUGCCAGUGGUUCAAGAACGGCGUUCAACUGGAGAAGAGCGAGCGGCUUUAUUGGUUCUGGCCCGAAGACCAUUUGUGCGAGCUGGUCAUCCGAGACGUCACCCCGGAAGACUCGGCCAGCGUCAUGGUCAAAGCCGUCAACUCUGCCGGCGAGACCUCCAGCCACGCUUUCCUCCUGGUGCAAGCAAAACAAGUCGUCGCCUUCACGCAGAAGUUGGACGACAUCAACGCCAAGGAGAAAGACACCAUGGCCACCUUUGAGUGCGAAACCAACGAACCCUUCGUCAAGGUCAAAUGGUUGAAGGACAACUGCGAGAUCGUCUCCGGAGACAAGUACAGGAUGCACUCGGACCGGAAAGCCCACAUGCUGUCCGUGCUCAUGCUGGAAACGCGAGACGACGGCGAAUAUUCCUGCGUGGUCGUCGACGACCAACUGGUCAGAACCAGCGGCAAGCUGAACGUGGAAGGAGCCCCGCUGGAGAUCCUGAAAGCCCUCGAGAACGCGGAGGUGCCCGAGACCUACUCCGGAGAGUUCGAGUGCGAGGUUUCCCGCGAGGAUGCCGAGGGGGCCUGGUUCUUCGGGGCCCGGCGGCUGUCCUCCAGCAACAAGCACGUCAUCUCGUCACGGCGCGGACGCCACAGCCUGUCGGUCAAAGACGUCAACAAGGCCGACCAGGGACAAUACUCCUUCGCCGUGGGUGAUUUGAAGAUGCACGCUUCCCUCAAGAUGAAAUACCGCCCGGUGACCCUGCUGCAGCCUCUCGCCGAUUUGACCGUCUGCGAGGGGGACGUUGCUCAGAUGGAGGUCAAGUUUUCCCAAGGGAACGUCGAAGGCGCCUGGACGAAGGACGGCCAAGCCGUGGCCGUUUCGGACCGCGUGCGCGUGGUUAUCGACAAACAGAUCCACAGACUCGUCAUCGAGGACGCCGGGGAGGACGACUUUGGCGUCUACUCCUUUGAAGUUCCUACUCAGGGGAUCUCCACCGCCGCCAAGCUGACCAUCCGCACGAUCGGGAUCCUCAUCCCGCUGAAGGACACGAGCGCGGUCGAAGGCACCAAGACCGUUCUGGAGGCCAAAAUCUCGGCUCAGGACAUCAGCUCGGUCACGUGGUACCACGAUGGCGAACGGAUGACGCCCGGCGACCGGGUCCAGAUGGUGGCCAAGGGAGCCAAGCAGCGCCUCGUCUUCAGUCGGACCUUUGCCUCGGACGAAGGUCGCUACAAGCUGGCGGUCGGCCGGGCCGACACCGGCUGCGGAUUGUCCGUGCAGACUGUCCAGAUCGUGAGCGGGAUGAAGGACGAGACGUGCGCGGAGUCGGAGAACGUGACUUUUGAAGUGGAAGUGUCUCACCCCGGCAUCGACGCCUUCUGGACUUUCAAGGGGCGGCCGCUCAAAGCGGGAGGCAAAUUCAAGAUGGAGUCCAAAAGCACAUCGCACACUCUGACCGUCCUCAAUGCCACCAAGGACGAAGAGGGCGAAUUCACCUUUGCCGCCGGCGAGAAGACGUGCGCCGCUUUGCUCACCGGGCGGCCGCUCAAAGCGGGAGGCAAAUUCAAGAUGGAGUCCAAAAGCACAUCGCACACUCUGACCGUCCUCAAUGCCACCAAGGACGAAGAGGGCGAAUUCACCUUUGCCGCCGGCGAGAAGACGUGCGCCGCUUUGCUCACCGUCUCAGGAGGCGCUAUCAAGAAGCCUCUUCGGGACUCGGUGGUAGCCGACUCGCAGACGGCCGAGCUCUCGUGCGAGGUCGCCAACCCGUCCGCGGAAGGCAAGUGGCUGAAAGACGGCCAGCCGCUGGACUUCAACGACAACGUCCUCGGCCGGGUCGACGGGUGCGUCAGAAGCCUCGUCAUCGUCAUCGCCAAAGCCGGCGACGUUGGAGAGUACGCCUACCAGAUUGCGAGCUCCAAGACCUCGGCCUACCUCAAAGUCGAAGCCGUGAAGGUGAGGAAGACUUUGAAGAACUUGAACGUGGUCCAGACGCAAGACGCCGUCUUCAGCCUGGAGCUGACCCACGAAAACGUCAGGGGAGCCCAGUGGAUCAAGAACGGAGUGGAGAUCAAGCCAAGCGACAAAUACCAAAUCGGCGUCAGCGGCACCGCGCACACCUUGACCAUCGUCGACUGCGCGGCCCAGGACGAGUCCGUUUAUUCUUUCAAGCUGGGGAAACUGUCGGCCAGCGCCAGGUUGAACGUCGAAACCAUCAAGAUCCUGAAGAAGCCCAAGGACGUCACUUCGCUCCCGGGAGCCGCCGCCGUUUUCGAGCUGGCCGUCUCGGAGGACGACGUUCCGGUCAAGUGGCUGUUCAACAACUUGGAGCUGGAGGCCAACGAGCACUACGGGAUGACCUCGGAGAAGAAGGCGCACCAACUGGUGGUCCGGGACGUGGACGGAAGCAAAGAGGGGGAGUACACGGCGGCGGUCGGCCAUCUGCGCUGCAGCGCUCGCCUCGCCGUCGACGCUCUUCGCGUGACCAAACCCCCGAAGAGCGCCACGGUGGCCGAGACCCAGUCGGCCACCUUCGAGUGCGAGGUGUCCCACUUCAACGUGCCGUCCGCCUGGCUGAAGAACGGCGCGAAGAUCCAGAUGAGCGACAACUUGCGCAUGACGGCGCGGGGAAAAGUCCACCAGCUCAAUAUCGUCGACGCCGGCGGGGCCGACGCGGCCGAGUACGCCUUCGUGUGCGGUGACGACCGCGUGUCGGCCACGCUCACCGUCAGCCCCAUCGUCAUCUCGGCCGCGCUUCAGGACAUCAACGCUCGGGAGAAGGACGCGGUCACCUUCGAAGUCAACGUCAACCACGAGGGAAUCUGCCCCAAGUGGCUGAAGAACGGCGCCGAGAUCCGCUCCAGCGACAGAUGCCAGGCCCGCUGCAAGCGGCAAGCGCACACGCUCAGCAUCCGCAGCGUUCACUUCGGAGACGCCGCCGAGUACGCCUUUGUGGCGGGACAGAAUUCCGCCUUUGGGGGGGAACGGGCGCGCCCCGCCGCAAAACUCUCCGUGGAGGCUCGGGUGGUUGAAUUCAGCAAACACCUGAAGGACUUGAAGAUCACAGAAAAGAAGAGAGCGACCUUUGAAUGUGAAGUUUCUGACGCCGACGUGCCGGUCGUGUGGAUGAAGGACGGUCAGGAGCUGGAGCCGUCCGACAGAUACAAGAUGACCUCGGAGACCUUUGCGCACCGCUUGGUUUUGCCGUCCGUCCGGCCGUCCGACUCCGGAGAGUACGCCGCCGUGGCCGGCUCCGGCGUGUCCAAGGGGAACCUGACGGUGGAGGGACGGGACAUCAAGAUCUCGGAGCCCGCCGCCAGAAACGUGACCGUUGUCGAGGGACAAAGAGCGACGUUGGAGUUCGAAGUGAGCGAGGACGACGCGGAAGGCCGCUGGCUGCGCGACGGCGCGGAGAUCCGGCUAGCCGAGGAGCGGCGCUUCAGCUACGUGGCCAUCGGGAAGCUGCACCGCCUGACCGUCGCCGAAACCUACCGCGGCGACGCCGGCGAGUACGCCUUCGUCGCCGGGAAGAACAGCGGCGUCGUCGGCCUUCACGUGCAAAUCCCCGAAGCCCCUCAGGUGCUUGAGCCCAUGCGGCCUCAGACGGCGACGGCGGGCCAAUCGGUUCGCUUCUCGGUGCGGGUGAGCGGGCUGCCCCCGCCUCAGGUGACCUGGUACCGGGGCUCCCGGCCUCUGAGCGCCGGCGCCGCCUGCCAGUUCCUGCGCCACCUGGACGAGCACGCGCUGCUGCUGCCGGAGGUUUCCCCGGAGGACGCCGCCGUCUACGGCUGCCGGGCCGAAAACGACUUCGGGGAGGCCGCCUGCUCGGCGUCCCUCCACGUGGAAGCGGCCCGAGAAAGCGCGGCCCGGGUGGCCGCUCCGCUGCUGCUUUCUCCCAUGAGGGACGUCCUGGUGACGGCGGGCCGCUCGGCCCUUUUGGAGUGCGCCGUCUCUGGGGAAGAUCUGCAAGUCAGCUGGUUGCGGAACGGCCGAGAGCUGGCGCAAUCGGAGCCCUUCCAGAUGUCUCGAUGCGGAGACGUCUGCCGCUUGAGCAUUUCCGGCGUGGCCUUUGAGCACGAAGGAGAGUACUCGUGCGUGGCCGCCAACUCGGGGGGGACGCUGACGUGCGAGGCCGCUCUCCACGUGGACGAUGAACAAGCCUUCGCUCGCACCUGGACCGAGACUAAGCUCAGUCAAAGGCACGAGACUCAGAGCGUCACCGAGCUGACCGAGUCGUAUUCGGAGAGCUCCAGCACGUCUUGGCGGACGCUCGCCGUCGAAACGGAGCGCUCGGAGCAGGGCCUCGAAAGCCGAGCGCCCCUGAAGCCCCGCCCGCUGAUGGAGCUGCGAGACAUCCGCGUGAAAAGCGGCGAGAUGGCCGAGUUCGUGUGCUCCUUCGACGGGCAGCCCUUCGUCGGGGUGGUUUGGGAUCACGACGGCCGGGAGCCGCUCGGAGAACGGGCGCGGAGCUCCCAGAGCGGCGGGCUCUUGUCCCUGGUCAUCCGGGGCGUGAGUCCGGCCGACCAGGGCGUGUACCGCUGCACCGCCACCAACCGGCACGGCCGCGGCAGCUCGUCCGCUCGCCUCACCGUGGAAGCUAAAGAGGCAAAUGCCAAAGACCAGCGCGCCGUUGUGGCAGAUUCGGUGCACGCGGCUUCACGGGCGGCCGGGGAGAGCGCAAAAGACCCCGCCGAGAGCCCGGACCAGGAAAAGACGGCGGAUGAGCCGGGAUCCCCGCCUCCGUACUCGCAGCUGUACUUCCUCAACGGCUUUCCCGACGUCCGUCUGCGCGGCCCGCCGGACUUCCUCGUCCGGAUCCCCCGAGAGCCGCCGGCGCGCGGCCCUUGGGGCCCUUGGGGCCCUUGGCCGCGUCGCGGCCAAGGGGGGCUUCCCGCUCCGUUUGCCGUUUGGCUUUACGGCCGCUUGAAUAUUGCGGCUCCCGCGUCCUACUCACGCAAACGCGACGGCCCCCUGUGCUGUAUGAGCGCCGGACCCGGACAGGGGGGCUCUUUGUCUUUCCAAACCUCAGCCCGGGAUGUUGGCUGCGGCUUGAUGACCAAAGUGACGCUGGACAAGAGGGCACCUGUGAUCCAAGUCCGGGAGGACGUCUCAGUCUCAGCGCUCCAGACGGCGAAGCCCGUGUUCAAGCGCUCGCCGGUCCCCGUGGAGAUCAACGCCGGCGGCGCGGCCAGGUUCGAGUGCGAAACCGCGGAUGCCGGCGAAGUGCGCUUCAAGUGGUUCAAAGACGGAAGGCUCAUCAAAGAGGGGGAGCGCUUCAGGAUUAUCAGUCGCACGACCGCCUCCUCCCUCGAGCUUUUGAGCGCCACCGAGGACGAUGCCGGCGAGUACGGCUGCGAGGCGUCCAACAGGCACGGCGCCGACCGAUGCUCCGCCGCGCUCAACGUGACAGAGCGGGCGCUUCCUCCGGCCUUCAUCAAGCGCCCGCCAGAGUCCAUGACGGAUUGGGCGGGCAAGACGGUCGCCAUGGAGUCUCGGGUUUCCGGCUCCCAGCCACUGAAAGUCAGCUGGGUCAAGGACAACGAAGAAAUCCGCCCUUCGGCCAAAUACGACGUCAUCUUCGAGAACAACGCGGCCGCGCUGUUCGUGCGAGACGCCGACGUGUCGGACUGCGGCGUGUACACUUGCGAGGCCUCCAACGAGGAAGGGAAAGCUUCCUGUCGGGUCGCUCUCACCAUCUCAGAAAGCGCAAAGCCUCCCAAAUUUGACGUGCCGCUGCAGCCGGCGACGCUGACCGAGGGCGAUGAUUUGAGCCUGAAAUGUCACGUCGGCGGCACUCCCCCACUCACCGUCAACUGGAUGAAGGACAGGCGGGAGCUGAGGCCCGACCCCGGCACCGAGAUCACCUUUGUGAGCGGAACUCCUUGGCUGCGAAUCAGCCAAGUCAGCAAAAGCGCCGCGGGAGAUUAUCUGUGCAAGGCCAGCAACUCCGCCGGGACGGACUUCUGCAAGGCGAAAGUCACCAUCAAAGAAUCCAAGGCCGCCCUUGCCGUCUCCGCUCCCGCCGCCGCCGCCGCCGCGCCCGCCCCCACGAAACAUCCAGACAGCCCUUUCUUCAUCGAAGAGCCAAAGAAUGUUUCUGUCGCAGAGAUGAGCUCGGCCACUUUUAUCGCCAAGAUCGGAGGCGAGCCCAUCCCCAGCGUGAAGUGGAUGAAGGGCAAGUGGAGGGAAGUCACCCCCGGCGGGCGCAUCUCCCUGCAGCACAAGGGCCGCGAGGCCAAACUGGAGAUCCGCGAGGCGACCGCGUCGGACUCGGGCCAGUACCGCUGCGUGGCCUCAAACAAGCACGGCGAGAUCCAGUGCUGCGCCGAGAUGGCCGUGACCAAAAAAGAGCGAGCGCCGGAAGACAUCAGAAUACAUUUGAAGAAGACCCCCUCGAAGCAGAAGAGCCCCAAAAAAGAAGAACAGAUCAACUUGGUGGAGUUGCUGCGAGGUCAAGAGCCCAAAAACUACGAGAAGAUUCUGAGGGAGCACCACGUUCACGACUACCGGGCCAUCCUUCAAGCGGUGGAGCUCCUAAAGCAGGAGAAGCAGACGGAAGCUCAACAUGCGGAGGCGCGACGUGACGAGCGGGUAGACGAAGAAGAAGACGUGAUGCGCCUCAUCCGGCAGCUGGAGGGACGCCUGGACACGGAGCCCGUCACCGUCACGGAGGACAUCAGUGACCAGAGCACAUGUGAAAACGAAAGCGCCACGUUUCACUGCCAGAUCAGGAUCAACUACCCGGAGAUCACCUUGACCUGGUACAAAGGAAACCAGAAAUUGGAGGAUGGCGAGAAAUACAGCAUCAGCAGCGACGGCGAACGCCACAGCCUGAAGAUCCACCACUGCCGGGCCGGAGACCGGGGCGACUACCGGCUGGUCUGCGGUCCUCACGUCUCCAACGCCAAGCUCGCCGUCUCCGAGCUGCCCGUCAAAUGGAUCAAAGAGUUGGAACCGGAGACCACGUGCUGCAAGGGUCAGCCCAUGUACCUGACCUGCGAGCUCAACAAGGAGAGGGACGUCGUCUGGAAGCGCAACGGCGUCAAACUGAAGAGGACGGCCGGCAAGUUGGCCAUCAACAUCAUCGGCUUGCAGCACGCCGUCACCAUCCAGAACGCCGUCGAGGAAGACACCGGCGUCUACACUUGCGAGGUGGACGUGCCGGACGGCAUCAAGACCAGCACCAACGUCGUCGUCACCGAGAUGAUCAAAGACUGGUUGGUGAAGCCUCUGAGAGAUCAACACGUGAAACCGAGAUCGAGCGCCAUCUUCAGGUGUCAGCUCUUCAAAGACACGCCCAACUGGAAGUGGCUGAAAGGCGAGACGGAGCUGGUGCCUUCCGACAAGGUGGAGAUCAGCAAGGACGGCAUCACCAUGAUGCUCACCAUCAACAACUGUCAGCCCGACGACGUGUCGGAAUACACCUUUGCUGUGGAGGACCGCAAAUACGUGGCCAAACUGACCCUGGGAGAGCGCCAGGCGGAAAUCUUGAAACCGCUGGCCAGCGUGGAAGUGGUGGAAAAGGAAGAAGCCCGCUUUGACACGGAAAUUUCAGAGGAUGACGUUGUCGGGGAAUGGAAACUUCAGGGACAAGUGCUGAGCAGAUCUCCGACGUGCGACAUUAAAGUGGACGGCAACAAACGUUUCCUGACUUUGAAGAACGUCCAGUUGGAUCAAGCGGGAGAAGUGUCCUACCAGGCUUUAAAUGCUAUCACCAGCGCCAUGCUGACCGUCAAAGAAAUCGAAAUGGGCUUUGUGGAGCCUCUGAAGGACGUUUCGGUUCCUGAAAAGAAACAAGCCAAAUUUGAAUGCACCCUCACCAAGGAGGUGCCCAAGGUGAUGUGGUUCAGGGGCGCGGAAGUCGUGACCCCGGGCCCUAAAUAUGAGAUCAUUGACGACGGAAACAAACACAUGCUGAUCAUAAACUGUUGCGAGUUUGACGACGAGUCCGACUACACCGUCGAGGUAUCGGCUCUGAAAUCCACAGCUCGGCUUUCGGUGGAAGGCCUGAGGCUUAAGAUUGUCAGGCCGCUGGAGGACCAGACGGUCAAAGAGGGCAAAACGGCUCGCUUUGAGCUCGAGCUGACUCACGACGACGUACCGGUGACCUGGUACCGAAACGAAGUCAAGCUCCACGUGAGCAGAACGGUGAUCGCGCACGUGGAGGGAAAGAAGCACGUUCUUGAAAUGAGGAUGUUGACGCUCGACGAUACCUGCCAGAUCAAGGCGGAGGCCAAAGGAAUAAGCUCAGUGGCGAAGCUCACGGUUCUCGAGGGCGACGCCGUGUUUGUCGUGAAACUGCAAGACCACACGGCCACGGAGAAAGAGCAGGUUUCUCUGGACUGUGAGCUCAACAAAGACGUCCCCGUCGUUUGGUAUCACGAAGAGAAGGAGAUCAUCGCCUCCAAGACGGUGCUGCUCAAGUCCGAGGCGACUCGGCGAUCUUUGGUCUUGAGGAAGGCGGAGCUGAGCAGCAAAGGAAAGUACACGUGCGACUGCGGCACCGACAAGACGGUAGCCGACCUCACCGUCGAAGCUCGCGAGAUCAAGCUCCUUCGACCCCUUUACGGCGUGGAGCUCUUCGACGGGGAAACGGCUCGUUUCGAGGCGGAGAUCUCCGAGGACGACGUUCACGGCCAGUGGAUGCUGAACGGCCAAGUCCUGAACGCUUCCUCCGAUGUGGACAUCGUGGAGGAGGGAGGCAAGCACACGCUGAUCCUGUACAACUGCAAAGUGCCCAUGAGCGGGGAGGUGGCGUACGCCGCCGGCAACGCCAAAUGCGCCGCCAGCCUGAAAGUCAAAGAACUUCCUCUCAACUUCCUGACGCCGCUGAGCGACGUGCACGUGCUUGAGAAGGACCCCGCCAGAUUCGAGCUGGAAGUGUCCAGAGCUCCCAAGUCUUUCCGCUGGCUGAAGGCUUCGCAGGAGCUGCGGAGCGACGACAAGUACGAGAUCAUCCGAGACGGGAACUCGCACGCGCUGCUGGUCCGCUCGGCCGCCUACGAAGACGAGGCCAAGUACGCCUUUGAGGCCGAGGACAAGAGGACGAGCGGCAAGCUGGUCAUUAAAGGAAUCCGCUUGGAGUUUGUCAAAGGCAUCAAGGACGUGACGGUGAAGGAGCGCGAAACAGCCGAGUUCAGCGUGGAGCUCUCGCACGAAAACAUCCCCGUGGUUUGGUUCAAGAACGACGUGCGACUUCACCCCGGAAAGGCGGUCCACAUGACGGACCGCGGCGCGGUGCACACGCUGACCUUCAGGGAGGUUGCCCUCGACGACACGGCCAUGAUCAAGGUGGAGGCGGCUGACAAGAGCGCCGGCGCCAUGCUCACCGUCAUCGAGGGCGACCCGUACUUCACCGGCAAGCUGCAGAACCGCACGGCGGUGGAGAAGGACCAAGUGAAGCUGGAGUGCGAGCUGAGCAAGGCGUCGGCCGACGUCAGAUGGUUCCACAACGGCGAGGAGCUCACGCCCUCCAAGAACGUCAGCGUCGGCGUCGAAGGCCAAAAGCGAAUCCUGGUCAUCCGCAAGGCCGAGAUGAGCGACGCCGGAGAAUACGCUUGCGACUGCGGCACCGACACGACGCGCGCGCUUCUCAUCGUUGAAGAGCGCGACAUCAAGGUGGUGCGUCCGCUGUACAGCGUGGAGGUCACGGAGACGGAGACGGCCAAGUUUGAGACGGAGAUUUCCGAGGACGAUGUCCCGGGACACUGGAAGCUGAAAGGAGAAGCGUUGCAGCAGUCGGCCGAUGUGGAAAUCAAGGCGGAGGGCCCCAAACAUCUUCUGAUCCUCUACAACGUGCGCAUGGACAUGGCGGGAGGUGUGGAGUUCUCAGCGGGCAACGCCAAAUCAAACGCUCAGCUGCGAGUGAAAGCGAUUGGACGCUGA